AUGAAGCCUCAAUAUCUCUUCAUUCUAACAGCAUACAUGCUUGGGGCGCAUGCUGCGUCAGGUCUCUCCGACUACGCUAGGAGUAUACCUAGCUGCGCCCAAGCCGCUUUCAAAGAUGCCGCCGCCAGCAACGACUGCAGCACGACAGCCGUUGACGCCAACGAGCUCAACUGCCUAUGUAAACACAGGGCAAGCAUCACCAUGAGUGUUUCGCAAAAUGCUGAAAGCAAAUGUUCCUUGACUUUCGCCAGCGCAUUUGGGCGCUUUUGUGGUAGAUGGAUUGCCCAAUCUACCGCGGCAACCGACUAUCCCGCCGCCACGAGUGCCAUAGGUGAUGUGUUCGCCGGGAAGGACACCAGCGGAACAGCAUCGACAGCAUCGACAGCAUUAAGCUCUACUUCCAAGAACCAUGCACCGGCUGCAACAAUAGGACCCCAAGUAGGAGUUCUGGGAGUCGUAGCUGCAGUGGCUGCUCUGGCGUUUUGA